CCGUAACAGCACCCAGCACUCGUCCUCCAUUUUGUUUCUCGUACAGCGCUGUAUGAUCCGGUGGUGUUACUGAUAUAACUGAAUGCGGUGGUCCGAUGGCGCGCACGCUCUGAUUGGCUCGCAAAUUCCGUCUCGCCAUGGCGCGCGCGCUCUGGGCGUCGCUGAGGACGGUGGCUGACGCGGGACACGCCGCAUUAAAUCCCGUUCGCGUCACCGGAGUCUGGCCUUUCCAGCAGCAGGCUGUCCGGCGGUCUCCUGUCCUCCUCUCCUCCUUUAUCUCCAGGUGCGGUGCUGCUUUCUGUAAUCAAACCGGAGUAAAAAUGCCAGAAAUUAACACUGAUAAUCUGGACGAAAAGCAGGUCCGCCUGCUGGCCGAGAUGUGCAUCGUGAUCGACGAGAACGACCAGAAGACAGGAGCGGACACCAAGAAGAACUGUCAUCUCAACUCCAACAUCAGCAAAGGUUUACUGCACCGAGCUUUCAGUGUUUUCCUGUUUAACAGUGACGAAAAGCUGCUUUUACAGCAGAGAUCUGAUGCCAAGAUCACGUUCCCAGGGUGUUUCACAAACACGUGCUGCAGUCACCCUCUGUACACGCCACCGGAGCUUGAGGAGCAGGACGGCAUCGGGGUGAGACGAGCUGCACAGAGGAGACUGGAGGCUGAACUCGGAAUCCCCACGCAUCAGGUUCCUCCAGAAGACAUGACGUACCUGACCCGCAUCCACUACAAGGCCGAGUCGGACGGUGUGUGGGGCGAGCACGAGAUCGACUACAUCCUGUUCCUGCAGAGGGACGUGGAGCUGCAGCCCGACCCCAACGAGGUCAAAAGCCACUGCUACGUCUCGAAAGAAGAGCUGAAGGAGCUGCUGGAGCAGGCGGAGAGAGGCGAAGUGCAGAUCACGCCGUGGUUCAGCCUCAUCGCUAACACCUUCCUGUUCACCUGGUGGGACAACCUGCAAAACCUCAAACAGUUCACAGAUCACCAGCGCAUCCACCGCAUGUAAUCUGUAUGAUCUGAAUGAAGUUCCGGGUUGGAGCGUAACUGCGUUCCUACUUAUUCCUUAAUUAAGAUAGUUUUUUUUAAAUAUUUCUCAAGCUGAAGAUCUGUCACAUUUUUGAGUAUUUUAUUUAGAAGGUUGCUCUUUUUAAACAGUCAGAUGUUUAUAUUUAAUUUUAUCAGCAUUAAUACUGAGGUUCAAUAUGAAUUGUACUUAAAUGUACAUUACUGUAAAAUAAAUUGUAGAUAAAUAAAUGUAUUGAAUUCC